UGGUCAAGGAUUGUGUGGAGAGAGGCAGUCAGAGUGAGAAAGCAGAGGAAGAGGAGAGAGAAAAAUAGACGAUAGGGAUGUGUUUGCGUGUGCGGUGAAUAGUGCUGCGGGUAGAGUCAGAGCCGGAUACAGGUUUUAUAGCCGCACCGGACCGCGGCAAAAUCGCCUCAGAGCCUGCCUCUCUCCUCUUCAUCCCCUCUAAACAACACUCCGCAAUGUCUGGCGGAGGAGAGGUACGCGUCCUCCGCCAAGAGCCUGGGCAAGAGAGCCCGAGGAUGCCGGCCUGGAAGCGAGAGAUAUUGGAGAGGAGGAAGGCGAAGGGUGGCGGGUCUGGAGGAGCCGGUGCAGCGGAGACAAGCCCCGGCGGUGCGGGUUCGCAGCGGGCUAACGGCGAGACGACGGGAAAUGUGAACGGCAGCAGCAGCAGCAGCAGCAGCAGCGGACCGAGCUGUGGGUCCGGGCGGAGCUACACCAUCACCACAGCCAGUCAACACUUCACAAACAACAAAGAGCCACGGCCGACGGACGCUGAGAGGACGACACCGAGGGAGGACGACAGACAUGAGAGCCUGGUGCUACAGGAAAGUCUGGGCCCGCUGGAGGAGAACCCAUUCAUUAAACUGGAGAAGGAGCGGAGGCGGCGACAGGACCGAGAUAACGCUUCUCGUCCUGUCCAGCACAUCUUGGAGCUGUAUGGCAGUGUACCCGGUAUACGGACUAUCCGCGCAGACAAUAUUAUCAUAAUUGAGUCUGACCCGGAUUACUUUCCGGAAGCUGGUGGGUUAAACACCGGGUCCAAAUGGCAGCAGAACGGUGUGAGUAGUUACAGCUCUCUGAACGACCUCCUGGACCGGAGAGGGAGUGCUGUUACUGAGAUAAGAGCCAAGGAAGUGGUCAUUUAUGACACCACGUUAAGCAAGAGUGAGGAGAACUUGAGCACCCUGGGCCGCCCUGAUCAUGAGGCCUCAUCAUACGAGACAGGUGAGGGCCAAGGCAGGGUAAGCCGGAUGCUGCAGAAGUUUGACAGCAACUACGGGAAGCUGCAGAAGAAGUCCCACAGCACAGAGAACCUGCUGGACCUGGAUUGUAGUGCCAGCAGCAGGCCAAGACUCUGGUCCAGGCCACAGCCAGAUCUGGUGCCAAAGGCCAGGCCAGGACCGUCACUCAGCAGCCCGGGCAGCAGCCAGCCAUCUUCGCCUGUCUUCCAGAGUCCAUUGUCUUCCAAACUAAGGCCACAGCCUGUUGUCUCUGAGCUGGGCAGCCCCCAACGCUCUGCAGGGACCCCUCAGCCUGUGUCUUCCUUCCGUCAGCGGUUUGAAGAGAGUGGAGGCCAUGGUGCAGCUGUCACCCCUGGGGAUGAGCCAGACAGGGUGCAAACCAAGUCCAUCAGAGAGAGAGACUGGGAAAGCUCUGAGGUGCCACCCAAACCCAAGGUGCCAUGCUCUCCAGAGACCCGUCGCGUCCGUGCCGAGCCCCCCUCAAGCCCCAUCUCGUUCAAGGUGUCGCGCUCCUCUUCUGACUUUGAGAUCCGUCCUUCACCGAAGCCAGACCUCACUCGAAUUCCUGACGGGGACACCCAGGCACGGGCCCUUGCAAACCUGCGCCUGCAGUCCCGCAACUCCUUCACAGUGAUCCCCAAGCGCCGUGUUGCUGCCUCAUCUGCAAUAGGCAGCCAAGCACCGCCCAGCCCCAUCAAGUCUUCCCCUUCCCACAGAGUGGCAGAGGUGCACACGCCAGGAGUGCCAACCACCCACGCCCCUACACCCACCUUGACACCCUCAAAGAGGAAUGAGGAGAAACUGCAAGAGAAGGAAUUCGAGACGCCCGUGAGGCUCUCCCAGCCUGAACCAUCUCCUUCUGUUGCCACAAGUCCUGCGACUCAUCCGACCUCGGAACCUGUGUCUCCAUCCCCUGCUCUAAUCCCAACUCCUUACUCUCCACCUGCUCUGCCUUCACUCCACUCUUCUCCGGCUGUCUCAUCUUCACCCUCCUUCUCUCCGGUUCCUUCAGACUCUCCAGCCCCGUCUCCUGCCCCUUCUACCCCAUCCCCUGCUCCAGAACAACAUCCCGUGGAUCAGCUACCUGUAACAAACAUAGACGACAUUGAUGUGGACCCCCUGCAGCGUGUCUCCGCUCCCAGCCCCAUGGCGCAGAGAAGAAAGGGGAACACCUUCACCGUGGUCCCUAAACGUAGGUUGGAGGCCGAGGGCCAGCCAAGCUCACCUGAGCCCCGGCAGGAAGCCUCAAGCGAGCCGUCUCCGGGGUCCACGCCCCCACAGGCUCCGUACGCUCAGCUGGGCUCCUUGCUGAAGAAACGCUACCCCGCUGCAGAGGAAAUUGAGGUCAUCGGUGGUUACCUUUCCCUCGCAAAGUCCUGCCUCUCCAAGACGGGCUCCAUGGGCAAGAAGCUUAAGAUCUCAUUCAACGAGUCAAGUCUCCACAGUACGUACGAGUAUCCGUCCGAGAGCAGCGCGUGGGACAGCGAGGACGAGGACGAGGAUGAGAAACUAGACGAAAAGCUGGCGGACGAACAGCCAAGCAUGGUGGGACGCAUCCACAUCCCCCGACCCAGUUUCACCAGCUCGCCCACGCACACGACCAACAGUAACGACCUUUCCAGCUACAUUCCCAAGCACUCUGUGGACUUCAGCGCCUGGCAGGAGCACAAACAUGAGGACAGUGUUGACCAGGAGGACACCACUUCCCAACACACACAGAUGACAGAGGAAGUCAUGCUCACACCUGCAGACAGCUCAUCCCUGUCAGACUACAGCAGCGAGCCCGCUCUUUACUUCUGAUCAGAGGGACCAAUCAGCUGUACCGUAGCACCCCCCCUCCCCCCAAGGGACCAGCCUGACCUGCCUCCAGCUCUACACUCCAGCCGUCUCCAAGCACAUCUUCCUGCUCAGACAGGAAACACAGUAUUUAGUCUUUGUUUUUUCAUAGCAGAGGAGCUUUUUUUGCCAGGUGGCCGGUGUUUCCAUUCCCAACCUUCUUCUUGACCUGCCGCAAAGAAUCCAAAAGCAGCUGGACUGUGUUUGCCCUUACGAUCCUGGACAGUUGAUCUGUCAGCCUCCCUCCCUCCCUCAUUUCCUCGCCCUCACUAACAAAAUAUCGGACAGAAUCAAAUCCAUUGUCAAAACCUAGAGAGACGUCUGCCUUCCUCACCAGACUCCAGAAGAAGUUCGAGUCCCCCCCCCCCUCCGGUGAUUCUCUUGGUUUUGACUUCAACAUUUGCUUCCAGUUUUUGGGGAGGAUGUAGACAAGCGUGAGUGACCAAACUCCUUUAAAGAACAGGAAGCCGCCAGUGCCCACGCGUAGGUGACGCCACGGCGACAGAGUUCAGUGUUAGCAUGGAAACAUGUGUUUAGGAUGUCCAAAAAAACCUAGGGUUGGCGGAGGACGUGUCUGCUUGUGUCGCUCGCUGGCACACUCAAACACACAAAAACAACAACAAAAAAUGAUAAAAGGGUGCCACAAUUGUAGUUUCUUUGUCUCUUUGUUUCUUUUUGUAUCUGCAUGUUUUUGAUUUCAGCCAACAGCUUGGUUGGUUCUCUUUGACGGUAACGCUUCGGGAUGCCUUUUUCAGUUUUCGGACGUUUCCUGGCAAACUUUGCCUGUAUUAAAACUGCUGGAUGUUCAGUAGAAGAGUGUCAACAGCAGGCAAACUUCAACACACUUCCUUUCUUAGUGACAAGGGAGGGAAAAUAUGCACCCCAGGGAUCAUUUCUGUCAGGCAGCAGCAACUGAUUCUGAUUACCUGCCUGAAAAAGUGCCCUUGGCCAAUGUCUGUAUGUCCGUAACUCUGGUGACAAACAAAACUCAUCAUACUGUAGAAUGUUUCUGUGUAUGCUCGAUCAAGGUAUUUGUGUCAUGUUUAUCAAAAGCUGUCAGCUGUCGCCUUUUUUAUUCUGGCUUCUUGUGUAUUUAUUCCUGCUUAAAGUUGAAGUUUGCAUGUCUGAGACCUGCUCAUGUACAAAAAAAAACAGUUUUUGUAAAGAGACAUUUGCUGGUGUGGAAGGAACCGGGUGCGGACAGCCCCGCUGGACGUUGUUUUUGUGUUGUUGUUUUCCAGUCGGACCUCAUGUACUUUGACAUUCCACAAGAGGAAGAAGCCGGUCUAUCGAAGUAACAAAGGCAAAACAACCAUCACGAUCAUUCGUAAUAUGGCAUGUUUGUGAGAGCGAAUGCAAGAUUGUGUGCGUUUUGAAAGAAGAUGUCAGGAUUUUUUAAAUUAAGAUUGUUUUAUAUACAAGAAUGCACCAAGAUAAUUUUUUUUUUUUUUUUUAACUCAUUAUGCCAAGUGAUUAAAGUGUUGCUGUAACGGCGUCACAUUCAUUCUUGACCCAGCCCAGGAUCGAACCUUCGGCCAGUAUUGUUGUACAGUUUUCACCUUAUUUUCAUAUAUACCAAUAUUUCUUUCUUACUCCUGUCAUUGCUUUGGUUUCUCCAAUCAGUGUUCAGCAUCAAGAGUUGGUCUUGGCUGUUAGGAGAUGCAACGUUCUGUCCUUGUCUGAUGAAUUUAGGAACUCUCUGUUUUGUCUGGAGUCUUGAUGUUUAAUGUCUUUGCACUGUCUUACUUUUAGCUUUGUUCUGCACCUCAUGAGAAGCAACAGAGUAGGCGACGGAGGAUACGUGCACUUAAAAAGAAGUCUAGUUGAAGAGUUUUGUUUUUGAAACAGAAGCCACUAUUGACAACUCUUAUUACACAACCACUGAUUGUAUGUCAGAUACAGUAGAUAUGAGAAAGGAUUUGGAGCCCUUGGUUGGCGGAAAAACACUUUUUAGACCUGCAGGUAUUGACCUUUUUCUUUUUUUAUCUGAAUGAAUAGCAUUUUGGAAUAGAUCUCUUCAGAUGUAUAUGGUGAAUGCACUGCCGAUUAAUGCCAUGUCCACUGUUUUUACUCCAUUUGCCACAGCAUUGCAUCAAGUCUUAUGAUUGUUGACCUCGUCGCCACAAGCUGUAUCCCGAGUGUAUAGUUUUCCACACAGGUCCAGGUCCUCACAUUUGGCCUGAAAUAAGCCCACAAAUCCCCCUAAAGUCCUUCUUUUUAGUCAUUGUUAUAAGUCAGUUCAGCUCUACUGUAGACACUGCUCUGCUUUCAAGGACCACACCAGUGAUUCAGGGUGUUUCAGCCCCUUUACUGCGAAUCACAACAGUGAUUUUGGAGUCAGAAUGUAUUUUUGAACUAUUCCAGAUGUCCAUUCGGUUUCCUCUCAAUUUCAUAUGGUAUAAAAAUCCACUAGAAGACUCGUUCUUGACUUGUCACACAGUGAACCCAUUAUGGUUGUGUUGUCGUGCUGGGUAUCAUUUCAAACUUUUUUUUUAUACCUUUCACGAAUCACUCUUUCUAUAACUUUUUUUUUUUUUUAGUCUACACUUCUCAAAUUAGUUGAAAAGUGGACAUUUCAAUCAUAUUGUCUGAAAAGAAAAAUUAUGAAUCAGAGCAAGCAUUCUAUACUCCAUGCUUGGCGCUACAGGCACAUUUCAGUCAGUACCAAAUAUCCAGCCCUAUUACAUGCAGUGCAGAAAUUUUAAAUUGAUCUACACAGAGGACAUUAUCAUAAUGUAGGGUGAAUGCAACUGAAAAGAAUGCAGAUGUGUACUGUGAUGGAUUACAUAACUCAACAGUCAACUAAAUACAUAUCCAUAACACGCGGAAAUGGCCAAUGGCAAAACCAAUGGCUGCUUGCAGAAGCAUAACAGUCAGCAAAAAUGUUAAGUACACAUGAUUUGUAAUUAAGGAGCUAAAAGACCCCAAAUACAUUGCAAAGUUAAAUUUGGCCCAUAAAGUGCCGGACUUGGACCUGCUGUGGUCAAAUCACCUGCUUAUGGAUCCAUCUGUGCUAAGUGCUGCCUUCAAUGUCCAAAAGCCUAAAGAAGGCAUCAACUUCAAGUGGGAAUCUUUAGCGUUCUGUCCUUCAGUUCACAGAAGGACCAAAAAGGCAGAGUGAAAUGUGGGAAUCCCCACUAACUGUCUCGAAUGACGCCAGUGAGGACCUUUCUGAUGGCCACCAGUGGGACACAGACACACACCACUUGACUUCUGAAGUGUACAUGCAGCCUCUCACUGCCUACUCCUGUUGCAUAGGGAGCCAUUUGUGUUGGUCACCCUGUAGCAACUCUGUGGUAGAAGCUUCAUCUUGUUCCCCCUUUACUUUCCCACUCGUCUGUAAAUCUACAUUGCAGCAGAUGUGCUUACUGUAAAGUUGUCAAUGAUUUGGACUAAGAA